CUCGGAAAACUGAGUUUGAGUUAUUGUCUGAAACCGCCGAGGCAAUGGAUGCCAUGUACUGAGGCUAGAAUUAGAUCGUGAAGGUCACAGUACAGGCGAUGAUCGAUGAUGAGAGGGAAUGGAGAUGUUUAGGAGUUUGAUGGAGUUUGGGAGAUCGAGUGGCUGCGUGCUCUUGUCGCUGGAGUUCAAUAGCAGCUUUUCGUUACUGAUAGUUGCAUGAUUGGUCGGAAUUGGGAACAGAUAGAAGAGGCUCGUUGUCAGAGUAUUUAUUGGAGAAGGUGCUUGUCGUCGAUAGUUGCGAUGGCAACGAUUGCUUGAGGAAUGUUUCUGUAUUGGUUGGAAUCGCGACGUGCUUCACUCUACAAGGGACGAUUGCAGUGUGCUCUGUGCUGUUGGAGACUCUAAGCGCGCUACUGGUCUUCGGGGAGACAGGCAGGCAGGCAGGCAAGCAGGCGGAGAGGUGAUUUGGGUGACUACUGCUCGCUCGAAUGUAUAUUUGCUCGAAAGAGAGGACAGGGUCUGAGUAUUGGAGCGUGCGAUUGCACUUGAAACAUAGUGCGGAACAUCGCGGUAUUACCAAAUACAGAACGUCUUUCUGCAGCAGCUUGUGCGAGAAAAAAGCAACGAGAAGUUUGCGUCUUGAGAUGUCUAUGUUUGGGUUCCUAUCCCUUAUAGCUGUGGUCUAGCAAGAAACGCGCAGUAGAUGAGGGCACGAUUGCGGAAGGAACAGUUCGAAUUGCAUGUCUCGAAGAGUGAAUUUAUUUGUUACCAAAGGAAAAUUUGACAACGAUGAGGGAGGCCAUGGCUAAUUCUGUAGACUCGUCGCGAACUUGUAAGAGAGUUACGGUGGUGCUUUGCGCCAUGGUUCAUGUGGUGGUGACAGUGUAUGUGCUCAGUCUCUUGGUCGAGUCUUCGUCGCAAGGAUCCACGCCCCUGCCGGAUUGCUUGAAAAGCUUGAAUCCUUAUAGAAUACAGAAAGCGAAACCUACAACAAAGGAUGAGGAAUAUAGAAAAGCCCUUAUCGAAUUGCGCCGUCAAGCAGCUCCUCUGGUACUGAUAUUGCGAAUAAAAGACAUCGAAGCGGAGCUAGCAAUGGCCGAUCAGGAGAAGAAUGAGAUUCAAGCCGCGAAGAACAUCGAGAAGGAUGAGAAGGAUGAGCUGGAAGAUCAGAAAGAGUUGGAAACAGGGCAACGCCCACCAGCAGUAGUAGAUGACCCAAUUGGUAGAAUUCAGCGGACUCUCACUCCGGAAAAGUGCCAACCAGAGCUGAAAACUGACUUCGGUGGAGUUGCUGUGCGGUGGGGUUUAACCCAUCAUGUGAACUCUGCUGCGGACUGUUGCAAGGCAUGCUCACAGCAGGCUGCGUACGCGAAGUCAAGCCAGCGAAAGUGCAAUGUCUGGGUGUUCUGCCCGGAGAAGAAAGGGUGUUCGUCUCCAGAUGGUUACGAGCACAAAUUUGGCGAGUGCUGGCUGAAACACGCAGAUAAACCGCGCGGUAUUGUGAAUGACUACUCUCUCAUAAUGAGGAACAAAACAGCACCGCCAAUGCCGGUUUUAUGGAUGUCUGGUGUGAUUCCUUUUAAUGGGGAAUAACCGCAGCUGGUUUCAAUGGAUUUCCCUUCGGGUUUCAGCCCUUUACGGAUGAUUUCAGACAGACGAGAGUGUACUAUAAUCAAUACUAGAGCUAGUCGGCACAAGCGGCACAUCAGUAUUUGCAUUGAAAUCUUCUUACAAGCCUGGAUAUCAGAAUGUCACUUAUUGAUACUCUCUGGAGGAAAAGUUUCUCUCGUGUAAUUGAUCAUCCAUUUUCAUGCAGUUGUUUCAAUUGUGCUGUCUCCGUAAUUUGUUGGGGCUAGAAGAGGUUUUUAAGGGUAACCGAGGACUGUAUCAGAAUUAGUGAAAAUAGGGCUUCAUCACCACUGUGUGCAUAUGAUUAGCGCUUUGAUUUCAUGUCAGGACGUUAAGACGCUUAAUCGGUAGUUAAAUAUUUUCCAGCAACCAAGAUUCGUCUAGUUUUACGUAGAACAUGCAUAUUAACGCGCAUCUCUUCCUUAUCCACACUAAGUUCACAUGGUUCAGUGUCAUCAUACAUGAUAUACAACCCAAAACCAACAUGUUUAUUGGA